CAGCGGCAGCAGCAGCCCCGGCGCAGUUGCAGUUCGUUCACUGCGGAGGCCGAGCCCGGGGAGUAACGUCAUGCCGUACGCUAACCAGCCUACUGUGCGCAUCACGGAGCUUACCGACGAGAAUGUCAAGUUCAUCAUCGAAAAUACGGAUUUAGCGGUGGCCAAUUCUAUCCGGAGGGUCUUCAUCGCCGAGGUACCCAUCAUAGCCAUCGACUGGGUCCAGAUUGAUGCCAAUUCCUCGGUCCUGCACGACGAGUUCAUUGCUCACAGACUGGGGUUAAUCCCCCUCAUUAGCGACGACAUUGUGGACAAGCUGAAGUACUCCCGGGAGUGCUCCUGUGAAGAGUUCUGCCCCGAGUGCUCAGUGGAGUUCACCUUGGAUGUGCGGUGCAAUGAGGACCAGACACGCCACGUCACCUCCCGAGACCUCAUCUCCAACAGUUCCCGCGUCAUCCCGGUUACAUCCCGAAACCGUGACAGUGACCCCAACGAGUACGUGGAGCAGGACGACAUCCUCAUCGUCAAGCUCAGGAAGGGGCAGGAGCUGAGACUGCGCGCCUAUGCCAAGAAGGGCUUUGGCAAGGAGCACGCCAAGUGGAACCCUACUGCAGGGGUGGCGUUCGAGUACGAUCCUGACAAUGCCCUGAGGCACACCGUCUACCCCAAGCCAGAGGAAUGGCCGAAGAGCGAGUACUCGGAGCUGGAUGAGGAUGAGUCCCAGGCGCCCUACGACCCCAAUGGCAAGCCAGAGAGGUUUUACUACAACGUGGAGUCCUGUGGCUCUCUGCGCCCCGAAACCAUUGUCCUCUCAGCCCUGUCUGAGUUGAAGAAGAAGCUGAGUGAUCUGCAGACCCAGUUAAGCUGCGAGAUCCAGAGUGAUGUCCUGACCAUCAACUAGCUGCCCUGCUCCCGACAGCCAGACCUCUGCAGGCUGACCUGCUCGCAGGCCGUAGCACCACCUGGGCAUAGCACCACCUGGGCAGGGGCACGGUCCUUCCGUGGCAGGCAGGAGACCAAGGAAGCUUUUGAGUAUGAGGCAGACCUGCUCUCUCGGACGUUUGGCAUCUUGGUCCACGUUCGGGUGCCAGAAAUGCUACUAGAAACCCCACAUCUCCCCCUCCUCGCCCCUCCCAUGCCCCAGGGGCACCCCGUUAGCCCAGCCAGACCCCCUUCCCAUUGAUGGCCAGCUCCAUCCAGGUGCUGCCAGUCCUCUCCCAGGCUCCUCAACCCUUGGAAGAGGGGAGCCCCCCACCCCUUGUCCCUCCCCAGAGAAGAAGCUCAUGGCCCUGUUGUUGCAUCAGUAACAAGUCCCUUCGCUGCCGGGAGCUUGAGGCACUCUGCCCCGUUUCAGUCUCCUUCCCUUGGAGCCUGGCCCUGGUCCUUCACACCAGCUCCAGGGAGCAACCUGUUCAGAGCAGGCAAUCAGGCUGCCAGUGAGUGCAGAAAGGAAGGGCUAGCAACUGAGUCACCACUGUCUUUGUAAAGUUUUUUAUUUUUGGCAAUAAAGAGCACAACAUCA